AUGAAAAGUGAUUCUUUGCAUUCCAUACAACAACGUAUUGCUGAAUUUUACGGGUCGCAAUGCGGCUUUUGUACACCUGGUAUGGUUAUGUCACUGUAUGGUACAUUGAAUAAUAUUGAAAAUCCAACAAUGAAAGAUAUUGAAGAUUCAUUUGAUGGUAAUUUAUGUCGUUGUACUGGUUAUCGACCAAUCUUAGACGCAGCAAAAACGUUUGCGUGCGAUAAAAAGCCAAAGGCUAAACAACCACCCGAUUGCAAUAAUAGUAAAGAUGAAAAUAUCAAUACUAUUAUAAGUACAACAGAAGACAAGUUAUUAAAAUAUGAUGAUACAAAGUGUCCAGUAUUAGAAUUUCCACCAUCGCUACUACAUCACAAAGCACAAUCAGUACAUAUCAAAGGUGAAUCUGUUGAAUGGUAUCGUCCAAUAACAUUGAUUGAACUUGUUUCAUUAAAAAAUCAGUAUCCAAUGGCAAAAAUAGUUUCCGGUAAUACAAUGGUACAAAUUGACAGAAAAUUUAAAAAUAAAAAUUAUUCUAUUCUCAUUGGUGUUUCACACAUUCAAGAAUUAAGUACUAUAGAAAAAUUAGAAAAUGGCAUGAUCAUUGGCGCUGGUAUAACCAUAGCGAAAUUAAAAGAAUGUUUGGAAUUAUGGUUAAAGACAUUACCAACACAUCAAAUGAAUACAUGUCAUGCGCUAUUGAAACAAUUGAAUGUUUUUGGUUCGCAGCAAAUUCGAAAUGUGGCUACUAUUGGUGGGAAUAUUAUUCAUGGAUCACCAAUAUCCAGUUUAAAUCCAAUUUUACAAGCAUGUGAUGCGAAACUAAAAUUGAUCAAAUAUGCCAGUAAUGAACAACAUGAAGUAGCACUCCGAGAAUUUUUCUUAUCCAAGAAGGAAGUGGAUAUGGAACAAGACGAACUUUUAUUGUCGGUUUAUAUUCCAUUUACAGAAAAAUAUGAAUAUUUGCAAUCGUACAAACAAUCGCGGAGACGUAAACUUGAUAUUCCUAUAGUUAGUUGUGGUUUCCAAGUUAAACUGAAACAAAUUCAGUGUCAAAUAGAUGAUUCCAUACCAGAAUUCAAAUGGAAAAUUCAGUCAGUAUGUCUUUCGUUUGGCAGUAUGGCAUCGUCUACAGUUAUGAUGAAUAAGACACAAGACUAUCUCAAAGAUAAGCCAUGGUGUAAGCAAACAAUGAAAGAUGCAUUAAAAUGGUUACUGGAUGAAUUACCAUUGGAUGAAUUUACACCGGGUGGACAACCAGAAUAUCGGUAA